ACAACCGGGUUUUACCUGUUCGUCCUCUUCUUCAGUCGCAGCCAGGCACGCAAGCAAAUUCGCGCUCGCUGCAGCCGCGCGUGUUUUGGUCCAGCAGUGCUCUUAUACCAACAGAACAACAACAAAACACAGGCACCACCCCCCGGUCAAGGGUUGCGAACAGCUCGCCCGUCCUUAGCAUGGCCGAUGGUGUACUGCUGAGGAUGCGAACAAUCGUCACCUGUGCCGUCGUGCUCGUCUCCUUGUUGUCUUCGGUGUCGUGCUCUGCCGUCAACGCGACCACCACCGCCGCCGCAGCCCUCACCGCAGGCGUCACCAGCACCCCCGCGCCCCAGCAGACGACCACCCUCGCUACCACAACCUCGCACUCCGUUGAAAGUGCAUGCUCUAUACGUCAAUUCGAAUGCAACAACGGCCGUUGCAUCCCCUUUUCCUGGACCUGCGAGGGUGAAGACGAUUGCGGUGACGGAUCAGAUGAAUCUGCGGAGCAGUGUCCUGACAACAAGACCUGCUCCAGCACCGAAUUCCGAUGCAAAAAUGGACGCUGCAUCCCUGAUCACUGGCAGUGUGACAGUGAAAACGACUGUCAGGACAACAGCGACGAAGAUACGGAAAUAUGCCAUGUGAAGAAAUGCACCAGCGAGGAGUUCACGUGCCGCAGCCAGUCCGGCGAGUGCAUCCCCCUGUCGUGGAUGUGCGACGACAGCCCCGACUGCACCGACGGAUCCGACGAGAAAUCUUGCAAUGAAACAUGCCGCUCUGAUGAGUUCACGUGUGGCAACGGCAAGUGCAUCCAGAAGCGGUGGAUGUGUGACCGUGACGACGACUGCGGCGACGGAUCCGACGAGCACAAUUGUCCCAACACCAAGUGCUCUGAAGACACCGAGUUUGCCUGCGGCGUCAACCACUGCAUCACCCUCAGGUGGCGAUGCGACGGCGACCCCGACUGUCCUGACGGACUGGACGAACAGAACUGCACUGGCUUCCCGACAACCAAGCCGUACCACUCGCACUGCAACGCACGUGAAUUCGAGUGCAUGGACCGAAUGAGCUGCAUCCACCACGCGUGGCUGUGCGACGGAGACCGCGACUGUCCCGAUGGCUCCGACGAAGAGGCACCUAAUUGCGUCAUUGGCACCUGCAGGCCAGAUCAGUUCCGCUGCAACUCCGGCCACUGCAUUCCGGGACACUUGCACUGCAGCGGAACCCCCGAGUGCACCGACAACAGUGACGAACUUAAUUGCACCUCUCCAGCGCCUAAGUGCGACCCACACACCGAGUUUGACUGCGGUUUGGCGACCGGUGCCGCGUCUGGCAUCUGCAUUCCCCUAAGCAAAGUCUGCGACAAAAAGCCCGACUGCCCGAACUGGGAGGACGAACCUGGUGAAAAGUGCGGCCGCAACGAGUGUCUCGACAACAAUGGCGGCUGCUCGCAAAAGUGUGUGGACACCCCCGCCGGCUUUUACUGUGACUGUCUGCCCGGCUUCCAGCUCGUAGACAACAGAACGUGUGAAGAUAUCAACGAGUGCAACACACCUGGCACCUGCUCGCAAACGUGCAUCAAUGAAAAGGGUUCAUUCAAGUGCCAAUGUCUGGACGAGUACCAGAAGGAGCCGCGCGACCACACCAGGUGCAAGGCCACCGAAGGCCACGCUUCUCUGCUCUUCGCCCGCAGACACGACAUCAGGAAAAUCUCGCUGGACCACCAUGAAAUGACGGCCAUCGUGAACGAGACCAAGAGUGCCACUGCCUUGGACUUUGUUUUCCGCACUGGCAUGAUCUUCUGGAGCGACGUCAGCGAGCAAAAGAUUUACAAGGCGCCAAUCGACGAGGGCAAGGACAAAGUGGUCGUGGUGCGGAACGAAAUCACCACCUCAGACGGCCUGGCUGUCGACUGGAUCUACAACCACAUUUACUGGACCGACACUGGCAAGAACACCAUCGAGUUGGCCAACUUUGACGGCAGCAUGCGCAAGACGCUGAUCAAGGACGAUUUGGAGGAGCCAAGAGCGAUCGCCCUCAACCCUGUCGACGGUUGGAUGUACUGGACCGACUGGGGCACCGAGCCCAAGAUCGAGAGGGCCGGCAUGGACGGCUCGCACCGCCAGACCAUUGUCAACUAUGAGGUCAAAUGGCCCAACGGGCUGACUCUCGACUUGGUCAAGAAGCAAGUUUACUGGGUCGACGCAAAGUUGAACACCAUUUCAUCAUGCGAUUACGAUGGCAAGAACAGGCGGGUCAUCCUCUACUCGCCAGAUGUCCUGCAACACCCCUUCUCGAUCACCACCUUCGAAGACUGGGUCUACUGGUCCGACUGGGACAAACAAGCUCUCUUCAAGGCCAACAAAUUCAACGGCAAAGAUGUGACUCCUGUCACUGCUACUCACAUGGUUCAGUUUCCUAUGGUGGUGCACGUGUACCACCCUUACCGGCAGCCCGAUGGCCCCAACCACUGCCAGGCAGUGAACGGGCACUGCUCGCAUCUCUGCCUGCCUGCUCCUAUUAUCAACGCUAACUCACCAAAGAUCUCAUGUGCCUGUCCUGAUGGCCUCACCCUCAUCGAGGACAGACUGAUGUGUGUCGAAAUGACAAACAGCACUGAUUCUCCUGCCACGUCUGGAUCAACUUCAGGCAGCUCAACUGAUUCCUUGAACCCCAGUAUACCAAAGCACAACGGCUCCAGCUCAGACAAGGCCGCUUCAGGACAGAGCGACGAGUUGGCUGACUCCGGAAUGGUUGCCGGAAUCGUGAUCGCGGUGGUCACCAUCGUGCUCAUCGUCGCCGCCCUGGUGGCAUUCGUGGUGUACAGACACUACCUGCACCGCAACGUCACCAGCAUGAACUUCGACAACCCAGUGUACCGAAAGACUACCGAAGACUCGUUCUCAUUGGAGAAGAAUCAAUACCACCCGAACAGCAGAAUAUACCCGUCGACGGUGGGCGAAGAGGCUGAGGAGCCGCUGACAAACCCCGGAACAAAUGAGUUUGUGUAAACCCGAAUUCUUCAGUGGUUGAAGACGAAAAUGUGAUAUUUCUUAUUCGGAGCAGGACUGGUUAAUCUCUGAAUAAGCAUUGAUGUCUACGGCAACAUUAAGAACCAAAUUUUCAUUAGAAAACUUGGUUAUUGUGCGUUAUAAAUGUUACAGGUGAUGAUAAUAUUAUCUUCAAUUUUAUUCAGAUUUAGUUGUAUUUUGAAUCUCGAAUCUGUUUAGGAAUGAGCUUUUUGCUAUUUAAAGAAACCAAAAAAUUAAAUAUCUAUUUUGAUUAUCAGUUGGAGGGACAUCUUCCCAGAUUCAAAUAAGUUGAUAUACGAAGGCCAUGCUUGAUUAAAGCUUAUUUAUGAGCGUGUGUAUGCGCAGGGAACUGUAUGAAAAAUAAUUAUUUUUUCAUAUUGUGCGUUGAAGUGUUGUGUAUGUUUCUGUUUUAUAUAGAAUUCCGAGCGCAAUUUUUAAGUCACUUUUAUAUAAAAUUAAAAAGAAAAACACCGCGAUCUUAAUUAUUGUCGUUUUAACCUGUCAUAUAUGCACAUGUUAAGAUAUCAAUAAACAUUCCUGCAAGAGAGCCAAAAUAUUAUGCUCAAGAUCAUAAAAAAAAAUCAAAUUGUGGCGGAACUAACAUCAUCAGUGCAAAAUUUGUGUGUGCUAGAAAUAAAAUAUGUUUAUGAAUGGUUAAAAAA